AGCGCUGGGGCGAAACCGAACGAGAGCGCGGGCGAUGGAGCCGAAGCUCAGCCUGGAGCAGCGAACGGAGCGUCUGGUGCAAAGGAGCCAGGCAUUGCUCAGGCCCCGCCCCCGCGGGCCGGAGAGGGCGAAGCCUCUGCUUGGCUCCGCCCCCUGCAGCUCCACCCUCGAGGACCCCCUUGUCCAAUGGCGCUUGAGGCGGUGCCGAGGGGAGGAGCCGGCGCUGGACACGCCCCUGGUGGGCAGGGCCCGGCUGGGCUCUGCUGCUCCGCGGGGUUCCCUGCAGGGGGCGCCACCGGGGAAAUCACGUGAUUCCCGCGGGGCCCUGCAGGGGGCGGUGCCCUGGCAGUCACGUGACCCACCUGAGGCACAACGGCCAAUCGGGAGACGCUUCUGCCCGCACCAGGGGCUGUCUUCACCCCUGCCUGUCUCCCCGGAACCCUUGUGGCAGGAGCCCUGCUGGAGGCCACAUGACUGCCACAGAACCCUCUGGCCGACGAGGAGCAGCUCUCUGGAUACCCUGCAGGGGGCAGGGUACUCACAGUCAGGUGACUCCCACCAUGCCCCGCGGCAAAUCAGCAGCAGCUGCUGUGCACCUCUGCGCCACGGGGCGCCACCCCAUGGGGAGCGAGAGUCCCACGAGCCUUUGCCGCAGGAGCCGUUCUGGGGGUCCCAUGACUGCCUCGGGGCUCUGUGGUGUGCACCCUAUUGGAAGUCAUGUGACUCCCAGGAUGCCCUGUGGCCUGCAAGGGAGGCGCUUCCUGAGCCCCUGCGCCGCGGAGGGCCAGGCUUGAGGUCAGGUGACGCCCGCGAGGCCCCCCAGCCAAUCAGGAGCAGCGCACGUGAUGCCCUACAGCGGGCGCCAUGGCAGCAGCCACUGGGUGAGGCCCUCCUGGGGACCCCCUCCUCUGGAUGCUGCGAUGCCACCGCCGGGCCGUAAGGGGACGCCUUCGGGCCAUCGAGACCCUCCUGGAAUGCCCACCUGAGCACCCCAGCCCACGGUGGGGCCAAUAAAGCAAUGAGACCCCAAAACUGCACCGGGGAGGUGGGGAGACCCCCAAAACUCCCUCUUUUGCCUCCCCCACCUUUGGGAUUGCCCCAAAUCCCCUCUCCCCCCACACGUCCCCAGGAGCUUUUGGGGGGUUCUGGGGGCUCAGAAGAGGCUGUUGGUGAGGUGCCGGGUGUCUCCGGGGGGUGCGUGAGGGUCUUUGGGUGUUUGGAGGGGCUCCGAGGCUGAGGAAGGGAUUUGGGGGGUUUAUCGGGAGCGCUGGAAAUCGGGAGUGGUUGGGAGGGCACUGGGUGUCUUUAGGGCGUAGAGGUCUAUGGGAUUUUUGGGGGAGACUCUAGGAGUGUUGGGGAAAUUUUGUGAAAGAUAUUGGGGGAUCCAGGAAGGGGUUUGGGGGGACCCUUGGGCUUUGGGGGGGUCUUUAACUGUCCGGUGGUGAGUGGGAUGUUUUGGGGGACCCAGGACAGCGUUGGGGGGGUCUGUGGGGACUAAGAAGUCCAUAGGGGCGCCUGGGGCUUAUUGGGCAAAUCGGGGCGGGAACCCCCAAACCCGCGGCAGUGGGGCUCACCUGUCUUCUUCAGCUUCGCAUGGCCGACGUGGCGCUGGGGAGGGGGGGGUCAUGGGGGGCCUCAGGAGCUCCCCCUGAACCCCCAAAAACCCCUCGUACCCCCCGCCGCCCGCUGGGUCGGCAGUUUGCUCACUUCCUGCACUACAACUCCCGACAGCCCGCGGGGCCGCGCGGGGGGAGCCGGGACUGCGGCUCCCAUCAUGCCCCGCGGCCCCGACAGUCCCGCCGGAGCCGGGAGUGUCCCCUGAGGAGCGUCCCAGCUGCUCCCCAGGUGCUUCCCUGAACCCUAGGUGCCUCCCGGUUCCCCUCGCCUGACCCUCAAGUGCCCCUCGGGCUCCCUAUGUCCGCCCGCCCCCCCGUCCCCUACCUGCCCCCAAAAUGCCCCGUGUGUCCCCUCGGGCCCCCAGGUGCUCUCCGGCUGCCGCCCCGGCCCCUAAGUGCUCCUCCAGACCUUUCAAUGAUCCCGCAAGCACCCCCAGCUCGCCUCCAAGCGCCCCUCGAGUGUCUCCUGGGAACUGGCGUGAUGACCACAAUGUAGAGAAAGGCCCUGACCCUGUCGCAGUAUCAGCAGCAGUUCAGCCUGUG